UCAUCAUCAUCAUCAAGUGUGCUCUCACUCAAUCUCACAAGAAGACGCACGCCCUCUUGCUACCUACCACCUCACGACCGUCGGUAGGGUUUUGCCAUGGCCACCAUGGCUGACCACGACCAAGAGAAGACGGGAGUCGUCUAUCUCGAACGAACGACUUCCGAUGAAUCCACUGUCGACGACCGUCUCCACUCCCUGACUGCAGAGGAGCAGAAGAAGUUGAUUCGGCGUAUCGACAUCCGGCUAGUUUUGACACUGGGCUGCAUGUACUGCGUGUCACUUAUGGACCGAACGAAUUUGGGAAUCGCCGUCGUCGCGGGCAUGGGCGUUGAUCUCAAGUUGAUUGGAUUCCGCUACUCGACCAUCGUGCUGGUGUUCUUCAUCACCUAUGUGUUCCUUCAACCACCUGCCACCGUCAUCCUCAGAAAGCUUGGACCUAGAAUCUUCUUGCCGUCGAUAACGCUUCUAUGGGGAAUCACAAUGCUUACUUUCGCCUUUGUGAAGACGUGGACUCAGAUGAUCCCGCUUCGUCUCGUAUUGGGCGUGUUCGAGGCCGGUUUCUUCCCAGGGUGUGCAUACUUGCUGUCCUGCUGGUACCCGCGGUACGAUCUCCAGAAGCGAUAUGCCGUAUUCUACCUCAUUGGAAGCUUAUCCUCUGCCUUUUCCGGCAUCAUGUCAUACGGCUUCAUGCAAAUGAACGGCCUCGGAAAUCUCGGCCCAGACUACGGUCAACACUACGGUCCCACCAAAGCCAACCCGACCCUCCGGCCCGGCGUGAUGGAAGGCAUCGCUGGUUGGAGAUGGAUUUUCAUCAUGCAAGGCCUCAUCACCUGCGCCGUAGCCAUCAUCGGCGCCUUCACCAUUGCCGAUUUCCCAGAAAAUGCAGCGCAGAAGAGUAAAUCCUUCGCUCUGGGAUUUCUGAAUCAGAAAGAGGCGAAUUUCAUCGUGGCGCGCAUUGAACAGGAUCGGAGUGAUGCGAUUGCGGAACCGUUUCGCUUGGCGACGUAUUUGCGUUGUGGAUUGGAUAGUAAGAUUUGGGGAUUUGCGGCCUUGUUUGGGUUGACGACGACGACGACAUAUGCCAUUGCGUAUUUUUUGCCAAUUAUUCUUCACGAGGGAAUGGGCUUUGGUGAAGCUCUGGCAGAAUGUCUGAUUGCUCCACCUUAUGUCCUGGCAGCGAUCUGGAUGUACGGCUGUGCCUGGUACGGAGACAAACACCACCUCCGCGGCCCCAUCAUCAUCCUCAACGCCAUCCUCGGCCUCAUCGGUCUUCCCCUCCUGGGAUUCGCCACCAACCCCGGAGCGCGCUACUUUGGAGUCUUCCUCGCCACUACUUCGUGCAAUGCGAAUAUCCCUUCCAUUCUCUCCUUCCAAGCCAACAACAUUCGUGGACAGUGGAAACGCGCGUUUGCGAGCGCGACUCUCGUGGGAGCGGGUGGGAUUGGAGGGAUUGUGGGAAGUACAGUGUUUCGAUCGGAGGAUAAGCCGGGUUAUGGACCGGGGAUUUAUACGACGAUUAUUGCUGCGGGACUGACGGUCGUGAUUACGGCGGGUAUGAUGUGGAAGUUUCAGCGUGCGAAUCAGCGCGCUGAGGCUGGGGGGAAGGUGAUUGAGGGGUUGAGAGGGUUUCGAUAUACGUUGUAGAUGGAGGAUUUGUUCUAUCCCGUGAUGUGAUUGGAACAUUAUUCAUCAUCGUUCCUUCCCUUGACAACCAUGUGCUCAUAUGAAUGCCUUGUCCCAAGUGCUCGGGAAAUGUUUUCUGUUACUAUGCCAUCGAAUUACAGAUUCUCCUUUUCUGCCCUCACAGGAGUGGCUGUCGGCAGCGAUUCUGGACGAGCGGUAGAAAGUUCUGGAGUAGGUAUUGUGAUGUAUUAGCUUGAGACAGAAAUAUAUGUAGAUGAUGUAACGACUUUUCCCGGAAUUCUGUUAUUGGUGCCAUUUCAGAUCUGUUGCAUUGUUGACCUUGAGCCACUGCCGUCCAUGCAAGCUUUGCUGAGCCCGCGAACCUUUCCGUCGGUCAAGCUGCUUCAUGUUCCCACUGAGACUAGAAAUCGUAUUGCUGCAUGAAGGGAAUGGCUUGCUCUACUUCAACUGAGCGAGGCCGUCUCCAGAUUGGUCGCCUGACUAGCCGAAUACCGUCAGCUGGAUAUUUCCAGCAGACAGAGAGAAGCACUUGGUUCGUCAUCCAUCUCUCCUCCGCAUACUAUGGUCCACCUCUUCAUCAACCUCUCGAAGCUGUUUGUCCUUUUCUUCCCGGAUAGUCACUCCUCAAAUCAAGCCAGGAAUCAUAGCGAACUUCUUUUUCGCAUACUUGGCGCCCAUCUCCUUCCUGUACCUCGACUCCUUCUUUUUCGCCCACACAGCCAUCUGCCCACCAGCCACAGCUGUGAACAGAGCCGUAGUCCAACUCCUUGUCACCACACAGAUGCUGACCCAGGCAAUCACCUCGAAUAGAUAGUUCGGACAAGUCACCCAUGCGAAUCCAAACCCUUGUGGGACACCUCUCUCCGUGCCGCCGGGAGAUCGCAGAUUUCGGAGGAUCAGGUGAGUGUUGAGAUUGGCGAGCUCAGCGAAGGUGUAAGCUGCCACGGCAGUGUAGUCGAUGAGGGGAAUCAAGGAGGAGGUGGAGGUCGGGUGGGUCGGGGAGUAGAUGAAGUAGGCGAUUUCGAAGCCGGAGAGGAGCCAGUAGUGAGCGCUGUUUUUGAAGAUGUUGGAAGCGGGCAUGGUAGCGCUGCUGAAGCGGUGGACGAAGAAGGUCUCCAGCUCUCUUUUGAGGAAGUGGAGGGCAAUCAUGACCACGGAGAGGGUCUGCAGUUGAGAUGGCUGCGGCGGGGCAUUUUUGUAGAUGUAGGGACGGGCGAGGUAGCAGAAGGGGUGGAUGAGGAGGGGCCCCAGGUAUUCGAUGAUGAAGACAGUUCGCCAGGCAAUCUGGAGGCCCAGGUCUUUGACGAGGAUGGUGCUGCCAUUGCGAAGCUGGAAGGACUCGACGCUCUUGGUCUUGUCGUUGGGAAUGAAGGUGCCGUCGUCUUCCCGCGUGAUGCGCAGGCGGUGCACGGAGAAGUUGGACUCGGCGGCGAUGCGGUGGUAGAGGUCGGCGGUGCUGCCUUGCACGUAGAUGGAAGUGCUGGCGGGUAGCGAGGGAAUGCGUUUGCCUCGGGGCUUGACCUGCAGAGUCACCGGUCGGGAGGCCAUCUUGCUGGCGGCACAGCCUGGAAUGCAGAGUGAUGCGUGGUACGAAGUGAAUUGGGAAGAAGAAGAGAUUGGUACCUCC